AUGGAACCUUUAGCGAAACGGUAUCUAUUGUCAUGGCUGUUUGUGGCUUCAAGUCUUCAGGUGACGAGUUUGCAUUUUGCGGAGGCGAUUUAUAUAUGUACAGCCUACCUGAACGUGUCGUUUAUUGAUCCUGAACACAACGUAACCGUAUGGCGACAAGAGGAAAGCGGACUAUAUGGACAAUAUUCUCCAAAAGUUACAGUGAUGGGCGACGUGUAUUUACCAGAUCCGAUUUACAGUUGUGAAAGUGAUACUUUCUAUGAUGUACCCAGUGGGUCGAAGGGGUGGAUCGCCUUAAUUCAACGCGGCCAACGAUGUUCCUUUUCAGAGAAGAUCAAUGUUGCGGCCAGUAAAGGAGCUAUUGCUGCUGUCAUUUUUAAUGAUAUUGGUACAGACAAUAGAGUCAUCCAAAUGUCGCACCCAGGUAUGUAGUCUACAGCAAGAUGGGCAACUCGGCUAUAUGUUAGCCCAUAAACGUUAACUACCUUUAGCGUCUAUUCACUAAGGUAUCUUCUCGCCUAAAAUGACAUACCCAAAUCUAACUGCAUGUAGCUCAGGACCUGAAGUAAGGAUAUGCAUAUUAUUGAUACCAUUUGAAAGGAAACACUUUGAAGUUUGUGGAAAUGUGAAAUUAAUGUAAGAGAAUAUAACACAUUAGAUCUGGUAAAAGAUAAUACACCGAUCCGGUAGAGCUUAAGAGCCCCGACGCUUGUUCUGAAAGUUAAUUUGCAAUUAUGUAGCAUAGCCUUGGAAGUAAACAUGGUAGCCCAUCUUUCCAUUCUGCCUACUCUUUCUACCAUUCUUUAUGCACUUUAGACACUUAAAGCUGCAAUAUGUAACUUUUUGGGUGACCGACCAAAUUCACAUAGAAAUGUGUUAUCUGUCAUUCUAAUUGAAAGCAAGGCUAAGAAGUGGUACAUCUGUUCUAUGUGCACUAUUUCUAUGCAUCCCAUCAAGUUUAAUUUUUGCAUCUUUUACUUUCGGGUUUGUACACCAGCUUCAAACAGCUGAAAAUACAAUAUUUAAGGUUAUGGAAAAAUGUGAUUCUCUACACUAUACUUGCUUGUUUUGUCACAAACUGGAAUUUUAGCGACCAGAAAAUGGCGGCGCGAUUUAUGCACAGUGCGUCUUGAUUUGCUGAAAAACAAUAGUAAUUCCCACAGGUUGUCCAUGUGGGGGGUGUUAUGAGGUUAGAUUUUAAUUGAAACCGCAAUUAACCUUGUAAUAUUUCGUCCCUAUGAACUGUACAGUGACUCUUUGCUAAUUUAGGGAAUAUGGACAACAUGUAUUAAAUGUUGUUUCUGUUGAAAUGAGUCACAUGGUUGUCAGAAACGAAGGGACUCUGUUCUAGUGUGAUAAGGAAGGUUUGACGCCAACUGUGUGUAAACAUCUACAUAGUACUGUACUCAGAAUUAUAAUUAAAUAUAGUGUAGUACUAUUCCAAGUUGACAUUUUUGGCUAAAACAAUUGAGCAACGGUCUUGUUCAACAUCCCUCAUCUGUGCUUGACUGGUGUAAGCUUUAUGCACCAGUUGUCAUUUCCAAUGAGAUCAUUUCUAGUUGGAUUCAACACAAUGAAAGUGAACAUGAAUUCUUAACACUUACUGAGACAGGCUGGAUGACAACCUGUGUAAUGGAUCUUUCUAUUGUUUAAAACUGUGAAGAUGUGUACUUUCACAGAGAACAAUUCACAUUUUGACACUGUAAUACAGGGUUUCCCCUAUAUUCAUUUAAAUAUAUAUUUCUGCCAAGAUGCGCUUUAAAAAAAUAUAUUGAGUAGCUCCCUGUGUUUAUGCUUACCAUUUGUUGUAGUGGCUGCAGCUCAAUCACCUCUUUCCGCCAUAAUAAAGUUUGUGCCUAUUCAAUGACAUGGGGCUUGUGAAAGUGGACUUUGUCUACACAUGAGAGGAUCCGGACAAUAAAAUCGUCACAAUCGUCUGUAAAACCCGAACCGUGUGAGCUACAAACUCAUAAGUCACCACCAUCAAAAGAUGAGAGACUCACUAGUACUGCUCUACGACAUCCACAAGCUUUAGGCAGUCGUCUGAAUUCUCUGUCGCGGAUGUCCUCAUUUCGAAGAGGUCUUCGCACAAAACUGACCCUCCAGACCAAACCGUUGGAGCUACAAACUAAUAACACCAAUAUCGAAAGGGGAGACUCACAAACACCAAGGUUUCUGUUGUUCUGCUCUACGAUGCACACGAUCUGAAGGUAACCCAGUACCGGGCUGUAAAAAUGGCAAGAAGUUUAUAGGGGGUAAAAUGUGCCACGAAUAACAUGACCAAACAUGGUUCUAAAAUAUGUAUUUUUCCCCCGGAGUUUUCUUAUAUGUCACGGAUAUAGGACAGCCACUUUAAAACCUUGUUCCUUUAUGAUUAUUUUUUUUAGCAGUAAAGGCCAAAUUCAAUGUUUCAUCAAAUAUAUUUUUUAUAUACAUUUUGUUUUAUACAUACAGGGGUCCUAAAAUUCCAAAUAAAAUGGCUAAAUGAUACAUUUUAUGACCAUCUUAAAACAAUUCCACAUGUUAGCUUAGUAGAUAUUGCGAUCUAAGGGCUUAGACUUACAGGGGUUUAAAUGGAUAGUCAUUUGCUCAAUGACUGGAAGUCAAUGGGAACAGCUAGCAUGUCAUUGCGCAAGAAGCAAUGCACCCCCCACCCUUGCCACCGCUGAAAAAAAUACUAGGGGAAACUCUAAUACUUUGCAAUAGAUAUGUUUUCACAUUAGAUAACACUAUUCUUACAUUGCUUGUUAAAUAUUUUUGAUAAACACAUUAGGACAAUAGUGACAUUUCUUUGAGAGCACCUGGGGGUAUAUUUAAGGCCUAGCCUGUAUAUGAGUCUGAGGAGAGUGAUGUUUCCUCAUACUUUGUUUUCCCCCCUGGUUACAGGAACAGAAGGUAUGGUUGCCAUCAUUAUUGGUCACCGACGGGGCAUGGAGAUUGUUGAGCUGAUCAGGCAAGGGAUUCCAGUCUCAAUGACCAUUGAAGUGGGCAAGCAGCAUGGUCCCUGGAUGAGCCACUACUCGGUGUUCUUCGUCUCCAUCUCCUUCUUCGUGGUAACAGCAGCCACUGUGGGCUACUUCAUCUUCUACUCAGCCCGCCGCCUAAACAGUGUUCGUCUACAAAACCGCAAACAGGUCAGUCUCCAGUCUCUGGAACAAUGACAACAAUUAUUUACCUUUAAUUAUAUGUGCAGGGCUCCCUUACGAAAGAGACCCUUGUCUCAAUGGUGACUCCCUGUUUAAAUAAAGGUAAAAUAAAACAAAUUCAGUGGUUUGUGCUGAAAUAGAAUGCUGCAGCACUAUCACCUUUUGAUCUGUAGAACAAUAUGACUGGGGAAAUUCCACUGCAAACAGUUGUUUUCUUUUCCUGAGUCAAACAUAAUCUUAUACACACAAACAUACCUUCCCUUGUGUGUGUUUCAACGAGCUGGAAACAUUAUGGAACACUUAGUUGGGCAACACAGUUUGGGGUGUGUCAGCAUUCCUCAGCCAUACAGAGAGGGAGUCAGGUGAAACUAAAAUAAAGAGAACAUUUCCUGUUGAGUCAGUGUCAGUGACUGCUCAUCUAUGUAGAGGUGAUUAAUCUAUUAUGUUAAUCACUUGAGUUUGUUGCAUGACAUGGAUCCAGCCAACCAGAGAGAACCUCUGGUCAGCAAUGUAUUUAUUAUAAUGUCGUUUUCUGCCUUUGAUCUUAUGCUUUAGCUUCUCUCUGAAAUCUGUGUUGUUUGGAUAGAGCGGCAGUGAGUUUCCCUUCUGAAAUAUGAAGGGAUGGUAGGAGUCCUGACUUGUGCUGGUAUUCUUUCAGAUGGUGACAGAUUUCACAGUGUUUUGACUUUUACAGUUCUUUGCCCUUACAGCUUUGCCCAUGUUAUUUGUCCAAAGGUUUUGUCACAUUGUAUUCAUUGAGUGUAAAUGAACUGUCAGGCCUACAGUGGGGAAAAAAAGUAUUUAGUCAGCCACCAAUUGUGCAAGUUCUCCCACUUAAAAAGAUGAGAGAGGCCUGUAAUUUUCAUCAUAGGUACACGUCAACUAUGACAGACAAAAUGAGAAAAAAAAAUCCAGAAAAUCACAUUGUAGGAUUUCUAAUGAAUUUAUUUGCAAAUUAUGGUGGAAAAUAAGUAUUUGGUCAAUAACAAAAGUUUCUCAAUACUUUGUUAUAUACCCUUUGUUGGCAAUGACACAGGUCAAACGUUUUCUGUAAAUCUUCACAAGGUUUUCACACAAUGUUGCUGGUAUUUUGGCCCAUUCCUCCAUGCAGAUCUCCUCUAGAGCAGUGAUGUUUUGGGGCUGUCGCUGGGCAACACGGACUUUCAACUCCCUCCAAAGAUUUUCUAUGGGGUUGAGAUCUGGAGACUGGCUAGGCCACUCCAGGACCUUGAAAUGCUUCUUACGAAGCCACUCCUUCGUUGCCCGGGCGGUGUGUUUGGGAUCAUUGUCAUACUGAAAGACCCAGCCACGUUUAAUCUUCAAUGCCCUUGCUGAUGGAAGGAGGUUUUCACUCAAAAUCUCACGAUACAUGGCCCUAUUCAUUCUUUCCUUUAGUCGUCCUGGUCCCUUUGCAGAAAAACAGCCCCAAAGCAUGAUGUUUCCACCCCCAUGCUUCACAGUAGGUAUGGUGUUCGUUGGAUGCAACUCAGCAUUCUUUGUCCUCCAAACACGACGAGUUGAGUUUUUACCAAAAAGUUAUAUUUUGGUUUCAUCUGACCAUAUGACAUUCUCCCAAUCCUCUUCUGGAUCAUCCAAAUGCACUCUAGCAAACUUCAGAUGGGCCUGGACAUGUACUGGCUUAAGCAGGGGGACACGUCUGGCACUGCAGGAUUAGAGUCCCUGGCGGCGUAGUGUGUUACUGAUGGUAGGCUUUGUUACUUUGGUCCCAGCUCUCUGCAGGUCAUUCACUAGGUCCCCCCGUGUGGUUCUGGGAUUUUUGCUCACCGUUCUUGUGAUCAUUUUGACCCCACGGGGUGAGAUCUUGCGUGGAGCCCCAGAUCGAGGGAGAUUAUCAGUGGUCUUGUAUGUCUUCCAUUUCCUAAUAAUUGCUCCCACAGUUGAUUUCUUCAAACCAAGCUGCUUACCUAUUGCAGAUUCAGUCUUCCCAGCCUGGUGCAGGUCUACAAUUUUGUUUCUGGUGUCCUUUGACAGCUCUUUGGUCUUGGCCAUAGUGGAGUUUGGAGUGUGACUGUUUCAGGUUGUGGACAGGUGUCUUUUAUACUGAUAACAAGUUCAAACAGGUGCCAUUAAUACAGGUAACGAGUGGAGGACAGAUUAGCCUCUUAAAGAAGAAGUUACAGGUCUGUGAGAGCCAGAAAUCUUGCUUGUUUGUAGGUGACCAAAUACUUAUUUUCCACCAUAAUUUGCAAAUAGAUUCAUUAAAAAUCCUACAAUGUGAUUUUCUGGAUAUUUUUUUCUCAAUUUGUCUGUCAUAGUUGACGUGUACCUAUGAUGAAAAUUACAGGCCUCUCUCAUCUUUUUAAGUGGGAGAACUUGCACAAUUGUUGGCUGACUAAAUACUUUUUUCCCCCACUGUAUAUGGUGGAGGAAAGUGUACUAUGGGAAGAAUUCUCAGUUCCACUCAAAGGUAGCGUUUCCAAAAAACCUUUGAACCUGCUGCUGCGUAACAAGUAUUUCCACUUAAUCUGAUUGGAUCUGGGCUGUUAUGCAAGGUAAAACCACUCACGUGGACAGGACCAUGAUUUUCAAGGUUACAGUACUUUUUUCAGCACUGUUUAUUACUCCUGCAUAUAGGGGGUAACCUUGACUGUGAAGACUGACUGGUCUCAAGUGCUUGCUUGCAGGCUCUGUUAACUUAUUAGCAGUGUACCACAUAUUGUCCUUGCUUCAUGAUCACUCCCAGAAGCAGUGUAGCUCUGUGUUGUCUAAAGCACCCGGUGGUCUAAGGGGCGUCUGUUCACAUGUGGCUGAUUCUCCAAUGCUUUCUGCAGGGAGGCUGGGUAGACAGACCGAUACAGAGAAGUGUAUUUUGGAGUGGGUAGCUGAGCAGUUAGAGCAGAGCUGACUUCGCCCACUGAGCUAGGACCUUAUGCUCAGAGGGCACAGGGCACCAUUGUUCAGGCUGUAAUCAUAUGCAAAACUCCAGCUUCGUGCUCGCCCUGUGAACUAGAAUGACCGCAACAUGCCUCCCUCAAAUCUACAUAUCAAUCAAGUAAACAUGCAACAGUAUUCAUUUUAAUAUAUGCCCCUUUAAGGAUUAUGACAAAUGUUGUCAAGCAUCAAAACAGUCUGUGCCAUGUUAGUCUUUGAUAUCCAAAACCCAACUCUUUCUAUACUGAACAAAAACAUAAACGCAACAUGUGAAGUGUUAGUCCAAUGUUUCAUGAGCUGAAAUUAAAGAUCCCAGAAAUGUUACAUACUCACAAAAAGCUUAUUUCUCUCAUUUUGUGCACACAUUUGUUUACAUCCCUGUUAGUGAGCAUUUCUUAUUUGCCAAGAUAAUCCAUCCACCUGACAGGUGUGGCAUAUCAAGAAGCUGAUUAAACAGCAUGAUCAUUACACAGGUGCACCUUGUGCAAGGGACAAUAAAAGGCCACUCUAAAAUGUGCAGUUUCGUCACACAACGCCACAGGGAGCAUGCAAUUGGCAUACUGACUGUCGGAAUGUUCAGCGGAGCUGUUGCCAGAUAAUUGAAUGUUCAUUUCUCUACCAUAAGCCGCCUCAAAUGUCGUUUUAGAGAAUUUGGCAGUAUGUCCAACUGGCCGCACAAUCGCAGAACACGUGUAACCAUGCCAGCUCCACAUCCGGCUUCUACACCUGGGGGAUCAUCUGAGACCAGCCCACACGGACAGUUGAUGAAACUGUGGGUUUGCACAAUCGAAUAAUUUCUGCACAAACUGUCAGAAACCGUCUCAGGGAAGCUCAUCUGCGUGCUCGUCUUCCUCACCAGGGUCUUGACCUGACUGCAGUCGUAACUGACUUCAGUGGGCAAAUGCUCACCUUCGAUGGCCACUGUCACGCUGGAGAAGUGUGCUUUUCACGGAUGAAUCCUGAUUUCAACUGUACUGGGCAGAUGGCAGAUAGCGUUUUAUGGUGUCGUGUGGGUGAGCGGUUUGCUGAUGUCAACGUUGUGAACAGAGUGCCCUGUGGUGGUGGGGUUAUGGUAUGGGCAGGCAUAAACUAUGGAAAACGAACACAAUUGUGUCACCCAUUGAGCAUAUUUGGGAUGCUCUGGAUCGAAGUGUACAACAACGUGUUCCAGUUCCCGCCAAUAUCCACAACUUCUCACAGCCAUUGAAGAGGAGUGGGACAACAUUCCACAGGCCACAAUCAACAGCCUGAUCAACUCUAUGCAAAGGAGAUGUCUCGCUGCAUGAUGACUGGUUUUUGGAUCUACGCCCCUACUUUUUCUUAAGGUAUCUGUGACCAACAGAUGCAUAUCUGUAUUCCCGGUUGUGAAAUCUAUAGAUUAGGGCCUAAUGAAUUUAUUUCAAAUGACUGAUUUACUUAUGAACUGUAACUCAGUAAAAUCUUUGAAAUUGUUGCAUGUUGCGUUUUUAUAUUUUUGUUCAGUGUAUAUCACAGAAAAUAUCUACAUGAUGAUGACAUUCUCCAGAGAAUCCUCAAAGCCAAUGUUGUCCCUGACAGUGAUGCCUCAUCCUGUGUCUCCUAAGUCCCCUUACAUAACGUAGAUUCUUCCUGUGUGCCAUUGUGCACAUUUAUUUUGUCUUGUUGCUAUGGGGAGGCUGCAUGAGCACAGAGUGAGCGGUCUUUAAUUGUGUGUAUGUCCAACGCAUGAUUUUAUUGUACAUUCCAAAUUAUAGUUUUAGAAUUGAGUCCGUCACUCUGUCCCUCCAGGAUUAUUUUUGCCUAAUACGAAAAGUCCCGGAUGUACGUAAAUCUGCUGUUUUGCCGUCCUAUAUACAAACUGAUGUAACGUUUCCAAUACAUGAUCUCAGAGGAACGGCUUAAUGACACAGGCAGGGGCUGCUCUAAUGAACGCUCUGCUACUCCCAGAUCACCUAUGUUCUCUAACAUGACCUCAUCGCAUACGGUUCUCCUGCUCCUUCUUAUUUCAACAAUUUAUGGUCACAGUACAGGAAAUGAAAAAAUAAAUUGUUGGUGCAAAAUGUUUGCUUUGUUGUUGGUGUUGCAUUCUAGAUAUUACAUAGUGAUCUUUUGUUUAGUUUUUCAGUUGUCCAGUUGCUGAAUGUGUUUGUUAAUGAAUUGUCAGAGGAAGCAGAUGAAUAAUGUAAUUUAAACAGCAGCCUGCUCACAUUCUAAUACUGAACACAUUCUGCUCUCUACUCCAACAGAAACGUCUCAAGGCAGUGGCCAAGAAAGCCAUUGGUCAGCUGCAAGUCCGGACCGUGAAACGGGGAGAUGAGGUAAACAUGUUCAAGUACAAUACGGAUGGGUUUAUGGUUAUUAUGCAUCACUUUGAGGAGCAUAUGCAAAAUAUGGUUGUUUCAAACUGGUAAAAUAUGGCAUAGGCUAUUUUUACUGAUGUGUGUUGUAUGGUUCUUGUUCUGAGAAAAUGCUGAGUAUGUAAGCUUCGUUUUAACCCAUUACUCAGACUACAGCACUUUUUUCUUUUUUAUGUGCUUUGUUCUUCUACAAAUGUCACCAGAAAGCACCCCCACACCAUAACACCUCCUCCAUGCUUUACGGUGGGAAAUACACAUGCGGAGAUCAUCCGUUCACCCACACCGCGUCUCACAAAGACACAGCGGUUGGAACCAAAAAUCUCCAAUUUAGACUCCAGACCAAAGGACACAUUUCCACCGGUCUAAUAUCCAUUGCUUGUGUUUCUUGGCCCAAGCAAGUCUCUUCUUCUUAUUGGUGUCCUUUAGUAGUGGUUUCUUUGCAGCAAUUCGACCAUGAAGGCCUGAUUCACACAGUCUCCUCUGAACAGUUGAUGUUGACAUGUGUCUGUGACUUGAACUCUGUAAAGCAUUUAUUUGGGCUGCAAUUUCUGAGGCUCGUAACUCUAAUGAACUUAUCCUCUGCAGCAGAGGUAACUCUGGGUCUUCCAUUCCUGUGGCGGUCCUCAUUAGAGCCAGUUUUAUCAUAGCGCUUGAUGUCUUAAAAAAUAAUGAUGGACUGUCGUUUCUCUUUGCUUAUUUGAGCAGUUCUUGCCAUAAUAUGGACUUGGUCUUUUACCAAAUAGGGCUAUCUUCUGUAUACCACCCAUACCAUGUCACAACACAACUGAUUGGCUCAAACGCAUUAAGAAGGAAAUAAAUUCCACAAAUUAACUUUUAAGAAGGCACACCUGUUAAUUGAAAUGCAUUCCAGGUGACUACCUCAUGAAUCUGGUUGAGAGAAUGCCAAGCGUGUGGAAAGCUGUCAUCAAGGCAAAGGGUGGCUAUUUGAAGAAUCUCAAAUAUAAAAUAUAUGUUGAUUUGUUUAACACUUUUUUGGUUACUACAUGAUUCCAUAUGUGUUAUUUCAUAUUUUGAUGUCUUCACUAUUAUUCUACAAUGUAGAAAAUAGUAAAUAUAAAGGAAACCCUUGAAUGAGUAGGUGUUCUAAAAUGUUUGACCAGUAGUGUACAUGUUCCCACGGGGGCCAGUAUGAAAAAUGUAUGCACUCACUAAUUGGAAGUCGCUCUGGAUAAGAGCGUCUGCUAAAUGACUAAACUGUAAAUUGCAUGUAUGCUCAGUGUUGGGGUGAUGACGUAUUACAGUCAAAACGGCAGUCAUGAGUCAUGACCGCAGUAAAAUGCCACGUGACCGUUGAGUCGCGGUAAUCUCUGUUAUGCACUCAGGCAUGCGUUGGUAGGUCGCUAAUGGCCUGGUACUCGGGGCUCUAAUGUCCCUCUAACAACUGACAUCAAUGCAAACACGAUCGAAAGUCAUAUCAAACACUUAUCAAAACAGUAUCAUGCUUUUAAAACUCACAUCACUGUGAUGAUCAAUUUGAAGAAAGAAGUUCAAAAGCAGGUUGAAACCGAGUGUAAAACAUGGUCAUUGUGGAUGCUGUUUCAAAGCCUAACACAACAAAAUGGACAACACUUUCUAAGGUGGUGAUUAAUUCAAAACACCCAUAUGCAUAUUCAAGCUUAUGAGCCCAAGCCCAAAAAAAACAGCCCUGCAUUAAAAUUAUGAUUGUGCUGUUAUACAAUACAUAGCCUACGGCAUAUUACAAAUGGCAGGAAAAACACAAAACAAAACUGAUUUGAAGAUGUCUUUGGCACAUAAUUGGUCUAGCCUAUACUCCAAAAUUAAACACAUUUUAGGAAUUGCCUUUGAGUGUGGACUGUAUUAUUAUGCAUACUGAAUGGUCUGGGUUACAUUAUGCUAUGCUCCAAACUUUCUAUCCAUGAGUCUGGGAGAGAAAGAAUAGCAAUUAUAGUGAAUUUGUAUAUGAUUUUGAAUAGCCUAGUAAUAGGUCUUUUUUUUUUUUCUUCAUAAUUAAUAGACUGACACACUACCUUUUUUUAAACUACAGAAUAUCUCACCACCACGCGUUUCCAUCUCCUCUCUCUCAUUUAUUCCUUCCUCGAGCGCGGAGAGGGGCAGCGAAACAGUUUAGUGAAAUAUGUUUCGUUGCGAAAACAUGUUACAAUCGAUGUUCCCGAACAGAUUUAACUUGGUUUCCCAAAUUAAGCACUGGGUAGCUGCAGGAACAGGGUUAGAACUCAUGGCAUACAGAGUUUGUGCGGAAAAUCACCUGUCGCGCAGCGAGAGCAUGCUCAUCAAAUAGUGGUUGACGUGUGGAGUGAAAUAAGUGUUCUUAUAUUUAGUUCUCAGCUGCCCAUAUUAAGCACAGCUCCGCUAUAAAACCAAAGUAGCCUAUCCGGCAUCAUUAAAAAACGGACGGGCGGGAAAGCGCGGCCAACAUUCGCUAUUCGAGUGCAUACGGAUGACGUCUUUUUUCCCAUGCCCCUGUUCAUGCCCAUUUGAUAAUGGGCCAUUCUAAAUCGAAACUAAUUUGACAUAUUAGUAAAGACAAGAUUAAACUGAGAAUAGUCUAAUGGGUGAAAAUAUGAUCACUUGAUGAGAGAACAGAUGUGCAGCCCAAGGCAAGGAAUGGAGCACAAGCUUUUUUUCAGACUUUGUCAAAUCAUCAAUAGCCUAUAGUCGCAUCAUGCAGCCCAUAUAUGUUUUCAUUUCUAAGACAUUUUAAGGUUUGUAUCAUUCACAACUAAAGUUGCCAAGUAACUCUAAAUAUAGUGUAUAGGACCCGUUUCAAAUGAUCACUUUUAUGCUCAAUAUAGCCACUUCAUAUGCACACUUGCUCCAAAAUGGGAAAAAUAUCCUUUCUAUUUUAUUCAGCUAAGUUCAAUUAUAUACUUUACAUUUAAAUUUAAGUCAUUUAGCAGACGCUCUUAUCCGGAGCGACUUACAAAUUGGUGCAUUCAACUUAGGAUAGCCAGUGGGACAACCACCACUGGGGGAGGGGUGGUGUAGAAGGAUUACUGUUAUACUAUUCCAGGUAUUCCUUAAAGGGGUAGGGUUUCAAGUGUCUCCGGAAGGUGUUCAGUGACUCUGCUGUCCUGGCGUCGUGGGGGAGCUUGUUCCACCAUUGGGGUGCCAGAGCAGCGAAUAGCUUUGACUGGGCUGAGCGGGAACUGUGCUUCGGUAGAGGUAGGGGGGCUAACAGGCCAGAGGAUGAUGAACGUAGUGCCCUCGUUUGGGUGUAGGGUUUGAUCAGAGCCUGAAGGUAAGGAGGUGCCGUUCCCCUCACAGCUCCGUAGGCAAGCACCAUGGUUUUGUAGUAGAUGCGAGCUUCAACAGGAAGCCAGUGGAGUGUGCGGAGGAACGGGGUGACAUGAGAGAACUUGGGAAGGUUGAAUACCAGACGGGCUGCAGCGUUCUGGAUAAGUUGUAGGGGUUUAAUGGCACAGGCACUUCUUAUACUUCUUACUAGAAAAUAAUGGCAAGGGACUUAGAAGCAUAUCUUGUCAGCUAAAUGAACAAGCCUACAGCCUAUGGCAUGAGCAUAGCCAGAAAACAUACAGUAUGCCAACUUAUAUUAUGUUCUUCUAAAAUAAAUGUUAUUCAUAUCCUAAUAUUUCUUUAAGACCUGGCUAAAAUAAAUAAUGGAUUUAUUGUGAUGGUGUAUAUUAAAUUGAUUUGUUAGACUUUUUAAAUGUAGAUGUUCCAAAGGCCACAGUUCCAAAGGCCACAUUAGUGGCUUGAAUGCAGCGUGGAUGCCUGGAGAUGCUAAACUUGUUUAUGUUAAUUAAUGGGCAAUUACCGUGAGACCCGCAGACUUUUGCAUGACAAUAACCGGCUGACAAAGUUUCAUGACCGCCACAGCCCUAGUCACUACAAUAUAUAUUUGUACCUGUUUUUCAGGAGACUGGGCCUGAUGCUGACACCUGUGCAGUGUGUAUUGACGCUUACAAGUCUGGCGACGUGCUGACCAUCCUCACCUGCAAGUAAGUGCCUAACUGUAGUGUUUUUUUGCUUGUUUAGUAUUGACACAUGGAGUACAGUAGGCCUACCCCUGUCUGCUAUUACAAUUCCCUUAAUUUUGUGAUGGUCAUCAUGAUUCUUGUUUUCCUUUCCAGUCAUUUCUUCCACAAGAACCUGCAAUUGAGUCCCUGGCUACUUGGAGCAACGGAACGUGCCCCAUGUGUAAAUGGGAACAUCCUCAAGUGCCGUGGGAGUAGAGGUAGGCAACUGUACCUUGCAUCAUGUCCUCGGCAUUACCCUGUACUUUGAAAUAACCUUUGCCUGUCAUUCACUGAAGUUUUAAAUACUGUUGUAGAUUAAACACAGUAUUUUACCCAUUUAAAAACCAUCCAUGUAUCCCUGCACAGUCCUGGCAACCCCUGUACCAUGUCGAAUGACCUUUAGCGCCCGUCCAGUUCACCGAGUGUACAAUUAGCUGUUGUCCAGAAAACACAGAUCAGCGCUACGCCCCAUUGUUAGAGAAAGCAAAACUUUGGCAUAUUGAAAGCUGUAUACACAAGAAUAUAUGUUUUUAGAGUAUUUUCCACAUCAUAACUGUCACAGACGUGAGGAGACAACCCUUCAUUCAGGUGGCCAUGGCUACCAUGUGCAGGUUCCUGAAGACCGCGGGUUCUUUCCUUAGUUUCCAAGAUACCCAGUAGACUCAUAUCCUCAACUAUGCCUUGUCCCCGCACAUGAGAGCAACGCACCCCACGAUAAGCCUCCACACUAUUAUUAGUAGUAUAGCCACCAUUCACAUUAAUAUUUUUACUGCGUCUUUAUUCAUCACAUUUUGUGUUUUUGAUUACUUUUUUUUCAAAUAAAUGCAUGUUGGUUAAGGGGCUAAGUAAGCAUUUCACUGUAAUGUCUGCACCUGUUGUCUUUGGAAGAUGCAGGCUUUCAAGUUACCUUGAUAAUGUGUUAAAGCCACAACCCUAUGCACCCCUGCUCAAGACCGUGUGGGUUUUGCCACCUAUGUUUGAAUUCUAGUGGUUAGAUAUUCCUGUUACUGAAUUUUUCAGAUACUUUUUUUGUUUAGUUAGUUUGAUUGCUGCAAGUAGAUAUCAGAGUUCACUACAAAGUAUAUUCCUGAUCAAACAACCAGUAUUGUUGUUACUGUCUGGGGCUGAAGUGCCUCCUUUCAGUUUCCCUCCUCGCUCUUUAGCUUGCCUAUCCAUUGACCUCUGUAUGAGCCAUUGUGCCAAAAUAUAUAAUGACCGGCAGGUUGGUUCUUGUACGGUUUGCUAGCAGCACUUAUGAGGCUUGACUGACUGGUAAUCAUGUUUGUGUUGCAGCAUUGGGGCACUAUCCUGACCCUGGGUCAGUCCAGGUGGACAUCCAGCCCCAUUAUGACAACCUGGCCUUCGAGGGCGACUCAGGAAACAAACUGGAACCCCGGACAUGA